ACCUUCAGGUCGGAAGUCGGAGUUCUUCAAAUAUGCCCGAGUUUCCGGCUUGGAAUUCCGUGUUGGAUGACCAUUCAAAAGAUUUUGCCCAGUCAGAGUUCUUUUUUUCCCCAGUUGUCUUGAAUGCACUGUAGUAGGAAGUGGAGAUUUCCGAGUUCCCAGUUGUUUUGAAUGUGGCAUUGGUAGAGACGAACUUCAUGGGAUUAUCGCGCUAACGUGCACACUAGCCAGCAAACGUUACAGGUGGAGCCGAAAAAUAAUAUCGAUGUCAAAUGGAAGAUACUUUGGAUCAAUUUCUAACGGUGUAGACUGAAAAUAAAUAUAACUGUUACAGAUGAGAGCCUCAGGACCAGCAUAAAGAUCCCCUGAAUUGGGAAGUUUGAACUACCACAUCCUACAACAGUACCUGGGACAGCAUGGAUUCUCUCCUGAGCUACAGAGGAGAUAGCAGCAGCGGCAAGUGUUUAUGUUGGAGGCUGAUACCAACAUAGCUAUCGACCAUCAGAACACUAAUACUGGAGUCUCUAUAGAGACAUGAACUGCUGUCCUUGAUCUACAGUGUGUUAUUGUGUAAGCAGUACUAAGCAGUGCUCCCACACACCCCCUCCCACCUGGGCACUACGCCAUGUCUCCUCUCUCUGCUCUGGGUGUUUUCUGUGGAUUGUUCCUUCCUCUGUCUCUCAGUGAAUACAACACUCACAACUGUAUCCCACGGAAGAGUGUCCUUUACCAGGACAAUAUGAAGCUGUUCAGAGAGGAAGGGAUUUGUAACUACUCCACCAUGUUGGUUCGAGAGGAUUUGGGCCUGCUGCUGCUCGGGGCUCGAGAGGCUGUCUAUGCCCUGGACAUCAAUGAUAUCUCCAUCAAGAAGUCAUGGGUGUACUGGCGGGUCACCAAGGAGAAACAGAUGGAGUGCACAUACAAAGGGAAACAUGCUGAAAUCGAAUGCCGUAACUACAUCCGGACGCUGCAUAAAGUGGAUGAUGGCAGAAUGUAUGUGUGCGGGACAAAUGCUUUCAGCCCCACCUGUGAUUACAUGACGUAUUCUGAAGGACAGCUGAGGCUAGAGGAAGCGCAGGAGGAGGGAAAAGGGAAAUGCCCCUUUGAUCCCUUCCAGAGAUACUCCUCCAUCAUGGUCGGAAAUGACCUGUACUCUGCUACCUCAAUCAACUUCCUGGGCUCUGAGCCUGUGGUUCUCCGCAGCUCUUCCUCUGCUCUCCGCACCGAGUUUAAGAGCUCCUGGCUCAACGAACCCAACUUUGUGUACAUGGACCUUGUCCCCGAGAGCAAUAACAACCCAGAGGGCAAUGAUGAUAAGGUCUACCUGUUCUUCAGCGAGAACGCCAUGGAGUAUGACUUCUACAACAAGCUCAUGGUGUCACGAGUGGCUCGUGUAUGCAAGGGGGAUAUGGGCGGCCAGCGGACGCUCCAGAGGAAGUGGACGUCGUUCCUGAAGGCUCGUCUGGACUGCUCUCUGCCAGAGUCCAGCCUGCCCUCCAUUGUACAGGAUGUCUUCCUACUCAAAAAUGAUGACUGGAGCAAAAGUGUUUUCUACGCGGUGUUCACUCCCCAGUCGAGCUUGUCCGACAUCUCUGCAGUGUGUGCGUACAGUGUGUCAGCUAUCGGAGACGUGUUCAAUAAGGGGAAGUUUAAGACGCCAGUGACUGUGGAGACGUCCCAUGUGAAGUGGGUAAUGUACAGUGGAGAGGUGCCCACCCCCAGACCUGGAGCUUGCAUUAACAAUGCAGCGCGGGCCCUUGGGAUGGAGCGCUCCCUGGACCUGCCAGACAAGACCCUGCAGUUCAUCAGGGACCGGCCCCUCAUGGACGAGGCCGUGCGCCCUCUGACCGGGGGUCCGCUGCUGGUCAAAAAAGGUGCCAUGUUCACACGCCUGGUGGUGGACAACGUGCUAGCUCUUGAUGGAGAGAGAUACGCAGUCAUGUUCAUCGGCACAGAGAACGGCUAUGUGCAGAAGGCAGUGAACUAUGCUGGGGAGAUGUUCAUCAUUGAGGAAAUACAGCUGUACCAGACCCCAGAGGCUAUCCGGACGCUACGCCUCUCCUCCAGCACGGGUCAGUUGUAUGCAGGCUCAGAUUUUGGAGCAGUGCAGAUGCCUCUGAGUGACUGUGGCCACUAUGAGUCGUGUCUGGACUGUGUCUUGGGCAGAGACCCUUACUGUGGAUGGGACCUCUCCACUGGCAUCUGCUCUGCUGUGGCCAGUUCAUCCUCUGACACGAACAUGAUUCAAAGUCUAAAAGAUGGUGAUAUAUCAAAAUGUCCAAAAUCAGAGACUGUGAAGCCAGAGAACUACACCUUAGUCCCUGGGAACAACAUCAAGCUGCCGUGCCAUCCUGCCUCCAACCUGGCUCAGGUACACUGGCUCUUCUUAGGGCAACAGCUGCACGCUGACGCUAAGUAUUACAUCUACAUCGGAGGAAUCCUAAUUCUUAAUGCCUCUGCCUCCGAUGCGGGCCAGUACACCUGUGAGUCUGUAGAGCAGGUGAAAAGCAGACCACACACCAGGACUAUGGCAGUCUAUCAACUGCGGCCCCACACUAAGGCAGAGGAUGUGGAGGAGGCGAGUGAGAUGACGACAGAGUCCCCCCAUAGCCACAAUACCCCACUACCAGAGGUGCCACAGACUUUGGAGCCCCCUCUCCCUCCUGAGUCAUGGAGUGUAGACAGCAGGGUGGUAGGCCUGCAGGUGGCGGUAGCUCUCCUCUCUCUGAUGCUGCUUGGUCUAGUAGCCUGGAAUCUAUAUAAAAGAAGCUUUAGAAACAGAUCUUCAGAGAACUCAGGUGCGGGCCAGGUGAAAAGGCUGUCAGUUGACUACAUUCAAAAUAGGACUUCAGUGAUUAAGUUGCUGGGACCCACACCCAGUCAUAACGCAAACAAUAACCAUCACGCUGUCGUAGCUUUCAAAGGGAAUGGGGAGCACCACUUUUCUCCGGGAGGCAACAUUUCUACUAUGGAUGGGUUGGGUUACAUUGACAACGAGUCAGAGAUCUGACCCUGAGUGUUAACCAUUCUCUGGGGUUUGCUCUCUCUCUCUCACCAGGCAGCUGAUUUAGGACACUAUGGAAAUGUCAAGCUCUGUACAUUGGACUUGCAAUAGAGGGGAAUGUUUUAUAUUUUUCUAGGAAUUGUCCAGAAAAACAUUUUCCCACCAGGUUGAAUUUAUUUUAUAUAUAUAUAUAUAUAAGAAAUGAAUGGUAAAUAAUGUAUUGUUGUGAGUCACUUAUUGUAAAUAUGAAUAGAAUGUUUCUAAACACUUCUACGUUAAUGUGGCUACAGAUAGUCCUGAAUGAAUUGUGAAUAAUGAGAAAGUUACAAAUCAAAUAUCAUACCCACCUCUCACAAUUACAAUAACAGGGGAAGUUAGCAUUUCUUGGGGGGUAUGAUAUUUGUGCAUCUAACUUUCUCACUCAUAAUUAUUCACAAUUUCCUUCAGGACCAUCUGUAAUCAUGGUAGCAUCCACAUUAAUGUAGAAGUGUUCAGAAGCAUUUUUUAUUUAAAAUAAAAGUGACUAAGAUGACAAUACAUUAUCUAUCAUUAAUUUCUAUUGGGCACAAAAUAAUCUGAAACCCUACCAAAACAAACAGCAAAUGCAUCCUACAAGUUUGUAGAAAGGGAAAGACCUAGUCAGUUGUACAACUGAAUGCAUUCAACUGAAAUAUGUCUUCCGAAUUUAACCCAACCCCUCUGAAUCAGAGAGGUGCGUGCGGUGGGCUGCCUUAAUCAACAUCCACGUCUUUGGCGCCCGGGGAACACUGGGUUAACUGCCUUGCUCAGGGGCAGAACGACAGUCACAAGCUUGAUGUAAUAAUCGUGUGCUAGGAAUAUGGGACCAAAUACUGAACUUUUGACUAUUUUAAUACACAUAAGUGAAUUUGUCCCAAUACUUUUGGUCCCCUAAAAUGGGGGGUGGAGGUGGAAGAGAGAGAGACUGACUAUGUACAAAAAGUUCUGUAAUUUCUAAACGGUUCACCCGAGAUGGAUGAAAAUUACCCUCAAAUUUAAUCUGACAUUCUGCACUUCAACCUCAGCCAUUGUAUCAUUUAAAAUCCAAAGUGCUGGAGUGCAUAGCCAAAACAACAAUGUGCCACUGUCCCAAUACUGUUGGUGCUCACUGUACUGUGCUAAAUAUUUUGUAUAGUUAUGGUAUAUUUCAAAUAUUAUGUAUUUGUUUUAAAGGCACAGUGGAGUCAAAAUGUGAUUUUCCUAUAUUUUGUAUAUACAGUACUAGUCAAAAGUUGACACCUACUCAUUCCAGGGUUUUCCUUUAUUUUCUACAUUUUCUACAUUGUAGAAUAAGUGAAGACAUCAAAACUAUUAAAUAACACAUAUGGAAUCAUGUAGUAACCAAAAAGUGUUAAACAAUAAAAGUACAUUGAGUUCUUCAAAGUAGCCACCCUUUGCCUUGAUGACAGUUUUGC